AAGUUCCCGUGCAUUCUGGAUAACAGGUGCCAUACCUGUACAUAAAUAAGAUAAUGGUGUAGUACAAGUAUGAAUUUAAUAACUGUCAAAUAAAAAUUCUUUCUUUUAUUUUUCUAUGUUAGAAAGAGAAUGGAGUAUAAUCUUGAGGAGGAGACUGUGGAUUUUAAAGAUUUAGACCAGGCCCCAGUGAUGAGAUCUUGGGGGUCUCUGAUGGACCUUAGGGACAUAGAGGAGGUAGAAGAACCAUCAGAGGUGGAAGAGAGGGACAAUGAUACAUUAGAUCAAGCCCCAGUGAUGAGGUCUUGGGGGUCUCUGAUGGACCUUCAGAAUGGAGAGGAGGCAAAAGGAAUAGAACCAUCAGCAAAGGACUGGAGACCAAAAGUUGAUGUCCCAAAUUCGAAGGUGCAAGAAGAGGAGAAUGAUAAAAACUCAGAUCAAGCCCCAUUGAUAAAGUCUUGGAGGUCUCGGGAUGGAGAGAAGGCAGAAAGAGAAUCAUCAGCAAAGGACAAGAGACCAGAAAUGGAUCUCCUAGAUUUAAAAGUGAAAGAGGAGGAGAAUGAUGAGAAAACAGACCCAGCCUUAGUUAGGAGCUCGGGAUCUGUUAAAGAUCUGAUUCAAGAAAAAGAGCAGGAAGUUGAGACAGAUAACAUCGAUAUGGAGAAAGUAGAUGUCCUUCAAACAAAAAGCAGCACUGAUUCCACUAAAUCAGAAGACAAAGGGGCUGUUGAAAAGAAAACAAUCAUCUUGCAGAACACCACUCGACUGUGGAAGCCCAAGUUGCGGCGCCCAACUUUUGUUUUUGUCAAACAAAAUGUCAUGCCAACUUUGAAAGAAGGAGAGUUAGAGCCCCCAACUGCUGAUACCACCAAAGCAGACAAUGGGCCUGUCAAUGUCACCCCAAGGUGGAAAAAAGAUGAGUCACGUCGCCCAACUGCUAAUACCACCAAAGCAGACAAUGGGCCUGUCAAUAUCACCCCAAGGUGGAAAAAAGAUGAGUCACGUCGCCCAACUGCUAAUACCACCAAAGCAGACUAUGGGCCUGUGAACAGAAAAAGAAAAAUGGACAACAUCAAUAUAGAAGAAAGAGACGGCAUGCCUAAAACAAAGGACGAAAGAGGCAAAAGGCCUAAAAAUAUGAAUGAAAGAGGCGGCAUGCCAAAGAAAAUGGAUGAAAGAGGCGAGAUGGCUAAAAGGAGAAAAAUAACCUUUGAAGAUUUCCCCCCAAAGUGGAAGAGAGAGAGGCAACAUUCUUGGAACCAUGCCCUCGAAAUCACACUGGCAGAUGGAAGAAAGACAAGCAAGCAUGCAAAGAGAAUGGAGUAUAAUCUUGAGGAGGAGACUGUGGAUUUUAAAGAUUUAAUCAAGGCCCCAUUGAUAAAGUCUUGGAGGUCUCGGGAUGGAGAGAAGGCAGAAAGAGAAUCAUCAGCAAAGGACAAGAGACCAGAAAUGGAUCUCCUAGAUUUAAAAGUGAAAGAGGAGGAGAAUGAUGAGAAAACAGACCCAGCCUUAGUUAGGAGCUCGGGAUCUGUUAAAGAUCUGAUUCAAGAAAAAGAGCAGGAAGUUGAGACAGAUAACAUCGAUAUGGAGAAAGUAGAUGUCCUUCAAACAAAAAGCAGCACUGAUUCCACUAAAUCAGAAGACAAAGGGGCUGUUGAAAAGAAAACAAUCAUCUUGCAGAACACCACUCGACUGUGGAAGCCCAAGUUGCGGCGCCCAACUUUUGUUUUUGUCAAACAAAAUGUCAUGCCAACUUUGAAAGAAGGAGAGUUAGAGCCCCCAACUGCUGAUACCACCAAAGCAGACAAUGGGCCUGUCAAUGUCACCCCAAGGUGGAAAAAAGAUGAGUCACGUCGCCCAACUGCUAAUACCACCAAAGCAGACAAUGGGCCUGUCAAUAUCACCCCAAGGUGGAAAAAAGAUGAGUCACGUCGCCCAACUGCUAAUACCACCAAAGCAGACUAUGGGCCUGUGAACAGAAAAAGAAAAAUGGACAACAUCAAUAUAGAAGAAAGAGACGGCAUGCCUAAAACAAAGGACGAAAGAGGCAAAAGGCCUAAAAAUAUGAAUGAAAGAGGCGGCAUGCCAAAGAAAAUGGAUGAAAGAGGCGAGAUGGCUAAAAGGAGAAAAAUAACCUUUGAAGAUUUCCCCCCAAAGUGGAAGAGAGAGAGGCAACAUUCUUGGAACCAUGCCCCUCGAAAUCACACUGGCAGAUGGAAGAAAGACAAGCAAGCAUGCGUAAACAAUGGAUUCUUUACUUGGAACAAGCCAACUUUUCAAGUCAGAAUAGAAAUGAGGCCUGAAAGAUGUUACCAGCAAAAAUGGAGCCAGCCUAAGGGCAGAACACGAUUUCGUCCAUAUUAAGAAUUCAUUGAUAAAAAGUUGCAGGGCCUAAAAGAUCUUACCUGCAAAAAUGGAGCCGGCAUAAGAGCAGAAGAAGUUUUCGUCCAUAUUAUGAACGCAUUGAUAAAAUGUUGCAGGGCCUGAAAGAUCUUACCAGGAAAAAUGUUGCCGGCCUAAGAGCAGAAGACGAUUUCAUCCAUAUUAAGAACGCAUUAAUAAAAUGUUACAGGGCCUGAAAGAUCUUAACAGCAAAAAUGGAGCCGGCCUAAGAGCAGAAGACGAUUUCGUCCAUAUUAAGAACGCAUUAAAAUGUUGCAUGGCCUGAAAGAUCUUAACAGCAAAAAUGUUGCCGGCCUAAGAGCAGAAGAAUUUUUCAUCCAUAUUAAGAACGCAUUGAUAAAAUGUUGCAGGGCCUGAAAGAUCUUACCAGGAAAAAUUGUUGCCGGCCUAAGAGCAGAAGAAGUUUUCAUCCAUAUUAAGAAAGCAUUGAUAAAAUGUUGCAGGGCCUGAAAGAUCUUAACAGCAAAAAUUUUGCCGGCCUAAGAGCAGAAGACGAUUUCAUCCACUUAAAAACGCAUUAAUAAAAUGUUGCAGGGCCUGAAAAAUCUUAUCAUCAAAAAUGGAGCCGGCCUAAGAGCAGAGGACGAUUUUGUCCAUUUUAAGAACCCAUUAAUAAAAUGUUUUUGUUUAUUGAAACUGUUCUUUUUAGUUGAGUAGUGGCUGUAGGUGUAAGAGACGGGAGUGUGACUGCAGAGGUAGUGGGAACUUUAGUGUGAAUGUCAGUAGAUCAUUAUUUCAUUGAUAUAGGAGAUAUAAACAUCUUAGGGUCGGGAAGAAA